AUGUGCAGUCUCGUGGCUUCUCCGCAACAAUUGGUCGCGUAUCAUCGCAGUCUUCAGACUGCUCUCCAGAGCGUGAGAUCAUUUUCAUCCCAAGGUAGCCGGAAGAAGGAUCCAAGGGGGAAUCAGCUAUCCAACAGCAGAGAAGGUGAAGGAGGACUUGUUAGCAAGACCCAGCUCGGCCUGAUCGGUCCUCAGGAGCAUUCUUUCCCCCUCCCGGGCAACAUCGGGUUCGACCACCAACUGCGGUCGAGAACCUUCAAGGAUUCCUGGUCUUCGAGUCGCUGCGUUCAACCACUUCAGCUUCUUUCUGCCCUCACCAAUCACGAUCGGCACCUCCAAGCUGUGAGAGAUUUUCUGGAAAGUCCAGUUCCCAUGGAGGUGGUCCCAGAAUCCAAGCCUAUGCAGCCAGACAGCUUGGAAUGUGCUGCCCAAGAGUGUCCCAAACUGCUUCGCAAAGAGUUUAAUGACCUCUUUCCUGAUCGGAACUUGAAGCAAGGAACCCUUUCCCUUGUGACUUUGAGUCAGAAGACAUUGAAUGACAUGAGCAGUUGGAGUAGUGCAGUAGAGGAAGAGAGGGAGAAGCUCACUUCCACGUUCGUAGAUCUGGCCCAAGAGCUCUGCAGUCAGUUGCAUUCCGAGGGAUACUGGGCGGACUUCAUCGACCCGAGCUCCGGUCGGCCGUAUCUGGGCGCAUACACCAAUGCGACCCUCUUUGAGACGGACGAACGUUUCAGGCACCUUGGCUUCGAGAUAGAAGAUUUGGGAUGCUGCAAGGUCAUCAGUCACCAUCGUUGGGCCACUCAUGUGUUUGUGGGUUGCAUCUUCACAAAUGCUCCUUUGGAUCAUCCAGUCAUGCAACAGCUGCUGCAGAAGGAUGGUGCAGCCAAAUGCUAAACGAUUCCCACACCCCAUGGAGACUCAUCCUAGUCGUCAUCGUGAAAAGGUGUGCACGGUCUGGAUGGAAUUCGAAAGAUGCUUUCAGAUUUUUUCUCUCUAUUAUGUCAUCACUGUUUUUGAGUGAAUCUUUGUUAUGAUGUCUAUUCUCUGUGUUGUGAUACCUCUCAUGAUGUAGAUUAUUUGUUGCAAAGGACACGAAGAGUCGGAGUAAACAUAAUGAGUCUGUUUUUUGUUAUUCUUUGUCAGUCUUAUCCUGAGAAUCGUCAUUGGGAUUUUAAAGCGAAGGAUCAUUUUGCC